UGCAUUAUAUAUGCCAUGGAUUUUGAAUCAGAUGUCAUGAUAGCUACUUGUUUCUUACUAAAAAAAAAAUCUGCUUUUCUGUCCUUUUCAUUUCAUGGGUGGUUCCUCCAUGGUCUCCAGCAUGGUUGCUGAUGUUCAUCGUACCCUUCUUUAUGGAGGCAUCUUUUUGUAUCCUGCAGAUAAGAAGAGUCCAAAUGGAAAACUACGUGUUCUCUAUGAAGUGUUCCCUAUGUCAUUCUUGAUGGAACAAGCUGGUGGUCAAGCUUUUACAGGAAAGCAGCGGGCCCUUGACUUGGUUCCAACCAAGAUUCAUCAGAGGUCUCCCAUAUUUCUUGGCAGCUACGAUGAUGUUGAGGAAAUUAAAGCACUUUAUGCUGCUGAAGAGAGCCAUGCCUGAUCUAGAGAUGCUUCUUUGCUUACAUAUAAAAUUCCAACAAUCUCCUAUAUUGUUAUUAUAACCAGUUCUCUUGUGAGCCAAGGCAUGAUACUUUUCCAAGCCUUUCAUAACAAGCUUAAUAAUUUAAUCAAUUCAGUUAUAACUUUUAUUUC